UUAAAUGCAAUUUUAUAUAAUUGGAGCUGUGGCCAAGUAAUUACUGUGUGUGCUUGAUAUGAAAAUAAGUCGAACAAAUGACUGCGUUGUGUGCAAACUAGCAGUUCCCCCACUUUACCAUUAAGGUGUCUUGUCGGGCUUCGGGCAGCAGAAAAAACCAAAAAAAAAAGCGUAAGCAUGGAGAAUGAACAGGAUGAACUCAGACACCGGCAUAUGCAGGAUCAGCAUCAUGGCGUCCCCAUUGGCUACUCCGACGUCAUGGUACAGCUUGGGUCCAGCGAGCGGGAACGUUCACCCUACAUACCCGUUUACUUGCAACGCGAGAGGCUGUCGGAUAGUUAUAUGUUGAUACCUUCCUAUAUACAGGCUUCCACAGAUUUGCGACCUGCACGGCAACCGGCCGCAGUUACGGCAGCCACUACUGCUGGCUAUGUGUCCAUGUUUCAGUAUCAGCCAUCGGUCAUCGGAUCUCUAAAUAGGGAAUCCUUUGCGGAGCCGGCAAGCUCAACAGGCAGCCUGACGGCCAAUAAGUGCUGGAAAUGCAAUGGUAUACGCGAUGUGGGAUGCCACUGUAAUCGACUGUCGGAACAGGGCAACAACUAUGCGGAGCCCGUGGAGCACGUGCAUUCCACACAGUCCAAUGGUGGCAGUCCUGGCGGUGGUGAACCCACACAAUUCUUUGAGCUCAGCUCAACGUCUACGGCUGCCACGUCCACACUGUCUGCUGCAGCUAGCAGUAGUACUCGAGGCGACAGUGCUGCUGUCUCCCAGUUCAUUCCAAAUCACAACACACAACGUAAGACUGAAACUAAGCAUGAGCAGCAGCAGCAGCAACAACAACAGCAACCGCACGCAAAGCACGAUCACGUCAAUAACAACGGCGAUUCACAUUCAGGUCGCGUAUGGCCCGCUGCCAUGGAUGAUCAUGCUGUGGAUGAGCAGCUGCUGCUGCAAUCUGGUAGUACUACCUACGAGCUGCCAUCCAGUUCGCUGCUUAGCAGCUCCCACAACAGCAGCAGUACGAACAGCUCCUUUGAGGCGAGCAGCAGCAAUAAUGUGAUGAUAAAUCAGGUGACCGCCUAUGAUGAUGUCACGUCAAGUGCAUCGGAUACGGAACAUGUGCAGUUUGCCAAUACGCGUACCACCAACACAACCACAACGACAUCUGCUGUACAAAAGAAAAAGCAUCAACCGAAUCACAGUCGUAAUGGUGGUGCCACUAGUGAAGCAACUGCAACGGCAUCCGCAUCCACAUCUUCGUCGGUCAUUGAACUAGAUGCAACUCCCAGCACAAGCGCCCAGGCUCAGCAGCAACAGCAACGCCGCAACUUCUAUCCGCCACUUCAUAAUUUUUUUAGCGAAAUGGAUGAUAAUAGCAGCGAUGAUGGCUGGGAUUUGCGUAUGCACAAUGCAGCAGCACCACAACAACCAGCAUCAAAGGCAGCAGCGUCAGGGAAAUCAACAGGUGUGCGACCGCACAGCAGCAAUAGCAACGAUCAUGCGGAUCACACGUAUUACAACCGAGGUGGCUACAGAUAUAACUGUAUACGUCCGCCACCACCAUCACCCCCACUGCUGUCUAAUUCCACCUCCUGCACGACGGCCACCCUCACCACUUUCAGUGUGGAUUACGACGGUCCCGAUAUUUGUGGUGUGCAUCGUUUGUCAAACGAAGGCAGCGGCGGCGGAGGCGGCGGUGACGCCACAACCACAGCGAAUCAGGAGCAGCGCCAACGACCCGCAGCGGUGCUUAAGGCAUGCUACGGUUCAGGACUGGGCAGCGGCAUUGUGCGCACCUGUUCGAGUGCCCGCUCCUUGGAUGAGCAAAUACCCACCGGUAGCAGCAGCAGCAGCAGUAGUAGUAGUAAUCUCAGCCUCAGGCUCUGCCAACCGCCUAAAAAGUUGGCACGCUUCGAGUCACGCAGCGACGACCAACUGUCGCCGUCGGCCAUGUCCAGUCUGUCGCCAACGAACUUCUAUGCAUUUCAGCCGGGUCGUCAUCGGCAUCGCACCUAUGCGGAAAUGGCGAGAAGCACUGACCGACAGGAGGCGCAGCGUCGACGGCGCAUUCUCAAACACAGCAGCAGCAGUCAUCAAGCGGGCGGCUCCUGUGUAAUUGCCUAUGUGGGCAGGCCACGUGAAACGGAUGGCAGCCAGGCGGCGCAGGGAACACAGGAGCCGCCCAACAAUCUUCCAUCCACCUCAACGGGCAGACGUCACAAUUCGAAUUCGUCACAUGUCAAAGCGAAUGGGGAUAAUGCGGUGCUAACUGCCCCCGAUCUACAGCUGGAUUGGUCAUCCGACUCUAAUGACGAUGAUGAUGAUGUUGUAUUUGUGCACUCCACACGCGAGCCAAUACUCUCCAUAGAUCUGACUUCCGAUGAUGAUGGCUUCGGUGGCAGCAGCGAUACGGCGUUACAACAGCCGUUGCAACAGAUUCGACAUCGCUAUCGCCCGCAGCACCAGCAGCAGCAACAACAACAGCAGCGGACCUCUGAUGACGAUGGCUUUAGUGGCAGCAAUGAUAUGGCUGUGCAACAGCAUCGCUAUCGUCAGCAGCAGCAACAACAGCAGCGGCAUCAGAAACAACAGCAGCAUCUGCAGUUGUUACAACAACAGCAGCAGCAGCAGCAGCAACAACAACAACAGCAGCAGCAGCAUCAUUACUUUGGCGAGGAGUCUCUAGCGACUUUCAGCCGAACACCUGUCGGCGGCGAGACACUAGCUUCAACUGCAACUGGCGCCACAACAGUAGCUGCUGCAACGUUGCUGCCACGUCCGAGUUCAGCCAAUGAAUACGAGGAACGACGUCGCCAGCGUCCAGCGGCUGGCACGUCAUUUGCCUUCUACAGCGGCGCCCUGGCGGAUCGUGUGCCCAUCAACGAUCACAAUUACAGCACCUACGAUCAUACACAGGCCAUGGGACCGAUAUUCAACUUUCGCAAUCUAAUGCCACCCACACGUUGUCCCGGAUUGGAGGCCGAGGCGGCAGCGGCAGCAGCAGCGCAUUCUCAACGCUAUUUUCAGCCAAUUACUCCACCACCCAUUUGGCAUCUCGGAGCGUUGCCGGAGAGUCAAGCUCCGUCAGCGGCGCCACCGCCGCCGUCAGUGUCAAGCGUUGGUAAUCCCGGCAAUUAUGUCCAGCUGCAAAGCAUUGUGACGAAUGUUGGUCCCAUUGAUGUGGCACCAGCUCCACCAUUGCCAGGUGUUUCCAAUCCCGGCAAUUAUGUGCAACUGCAACGCAUUCCGACGAAUGCAGGCUCCAUUGAUGUGGCGCCAGCCCAAACAUUGCCAGGCAUUGCUAACUCUGGCAAUUAUGUGCAACUGCAACGCAUUCCGACGAAUGCAGGUCCCGUUGAUGUGGCACCAGCCCAAGCAUUGCCAGGCGUUGCCAACUCGGGUAAUUAUGUGCAACUUCAGCGUAUUCCAACGAAUGCUGGACCCAUUGAUGUGACAUCAGCACCUCCAUUGCCAGGCGUUGCUAGUUCCGGUAAUUAUGUGCAACUGCAACGCAUUGCGACGAAUGCCGGUCCCAUUGAUGUUGCUCCAGCACCACCAUUGCCAGGCGUUGCUAACUCAGGCAAUUAUGUGCAACUGCAACGCAUUGCGACAAACACUGGUGCCGUGGAAACACCCGAAACAUUGACCAAUGGACGCAGCAGUCCGGCUGCCUAUUAUCAUCGGUAUCAGCCGUUUUAUGUGCCGCAUUAUGCGAUCACAGCGCUGCCACCGAGUCGCAGCAAUGGAGAUUACUCACCGGGUCCGCCGAAUCCGCACUAUCAGGGCGGUUUGAGCAAUGCAACCGGCAGCAGUCGCAGCUCUCUCAGCGGUGCCAUGAGCGCAGCCGCUGUGGCUGCCACUGUGGCAGCGGCACAGGCGCAAUCCUUUCACGAUCUUAUUUCGCUGGCGAAUGUGCCCAGUUCGCCGGUGGCAAGGAUGGAGAGCAGCAGCCUAGAUGAUGACUAUCAUCAUCGCAAUCAAACGCUCAACAUGCUCAGUCGUGCCACAACGCCGGUGGCGGCUGCUGUUGCCACCGCAGCAACAGCGGGUCCGCCACCAGUGGUGUCGUCAAUUGUUUCAGUUGCCGCUGCUGUGUCGCCGCCACCGCCGCUAGAGAUGUACUCCGGACGAAACACAAUGCAGUAUUGCGGAUCGCCGCCGUUUAGUCUGCGACGCUUGGAUGCAUAUCACAAUCAUCGGCAGCAUUAUCAGCCGCAACCGCAUCAGGGUCAUCAGGCGCCACAGAAUCAAAUGCAUGCGCACAUUCAUCCGCCACAUCGGGCUAGUGCCAUUGUGGCAACAUCGUUGACACCGGCGCCGCCGUAUCCGGUGCAUCAGAAUCUGUGGUAUCGGCAGCAGUCCAUGCAGGAGCUGCACCGUCGUCAUAUGACGCCCACACCCAUUGAUCUCUCCUCGAAUCCGCUCAAUCUGACAAGCAGUCUGCGCCCCCGCUAUCUGCACAGGAUCUGCAGGUGCGUGCAUGCGCGCAACGGGCCCGUCUCCAGCCUCGAUCCCGCCUACUAUCCGGCCUACGAUGCAGCUGUGCACCAGCAACAGCAAAGCUCCGCCGCUGCUGCGCCCAUUGAUGCGCAUCAGCCGCACCCGGCACCACCUCAAUUGGGACUACAAUAUCAGCAACAGCAGCAGCAACAACAACAACAACAACAGCAGCAGCAGCAACAACAGCAGCAACAUCAACAGCAUCAGCAGCAACAACAACAGCAACAACAUCAAAUACAAAGACGUCGAGCCGCUGUUCAUCAUCAUAUGUUCCAUCAUUAUUCUCCACUCCAUUUGGAAAUUGGCCUGGCCACACCCCUUACAAUGGGUACAUCCCGCAUAUUGAUUGGACCACCGCGUCCCAAUCGAGGCGCCACUCUGGAGAUUAUCGAGCGCAACACAUUGCCACACAAAUAUCGUCGAGUACGACGUCCCAGCGAAACAGACGAGGAUGCUGAGAAGUGCGCCAUAUGCUUGUCCCUCUUUGAGAUUGAGAACGAUGUGCGCCGACUGCCCUGUAUGCAUCUCUUUCAUACCGAUUGUGUGGAUCAAUGGCUAGUCACCAAUAAACACUGUCCGAUUUGUCGCGUUGAUAUUGAAACGCAUAUGGCAAAGGAUGCACUGGUGCCCAGCUCCAGUGGCGUUGCAGCUGCAGCUGGCACUGCUGCCUUAUGACAUUGCGUACAUGGCAUCUUUAUGUAAAAUUGGCUUCCCGAACUCUACUGCAAACAACGGGUAUCCAACUUUUCAGACUGAGUUCGUCAUGUUUGAAUCAUUCAUGUCGGAGCCAAGCAGGCAGCAACAAAAAAAAAAAAUGUGUAAAACUAAAAAUGACAAAAAAAACAAACUACAUAAAUUGGAUUUGCAAAAUUGUAUGCGAAGGAUGCACUGGUGCAUCGUCAGCUUCAGUUUUGUCACUGCCACUAAAAGCGCAACAUUUGCACACUCUUCCUGAGAUCAACAAGUUUGUCAAGUAGAGGACAGACAACAAGCAGUGACAACGCGAACAUUUCAUAAAUUAUUUAAACCAAAAAUAUACAAAUUUGCAAAGCAUUCAAAAUGAAAUCGUUAAACGUCAGCCAGUUGGAACCGUGAACCCACCAAAAACAGGCGAUAGUAGCUGUACAAAAUUUGCUGCGUUACGUUAAAAUACAAAACAAAAACAAAAAUAUGAAGAAAAACAAAACAAAAAACAA